CGGGGAGCCACAGAUCUCGCUCCACCAGCUCUCCUGACAACUCUCACACUCCAGGCACCGCAGCACCAAUCCUCCAAGCUCAGCCCCAUGGCCCGCACCGCCACCGCCUCUGCUGCACCCCGCGCUCCCGGGUUCCUCCGGGCCGCGCUCCUGCUCCUGCUCCUGGUCGCCGCCUGCCGGCAAGCUGCAGCGGCGCCUAUGGUCCCCGCAGAGACCGUGGUCACUGAACUGCGCUGCCAGUGCUUGGAGACCAUGAAGGGAAUUCACCCCAAGAUCAUCCAGAGUGUGAAGGUGACGUCCCCAGGACCCCACUGCGACCGAACAGAAGUCAUAGCCACUCUCAAGAAUGGACAGAAAGUUUGCCUCAACCCCGCAUCACCCGUGGUUAAGAAAAUAUUGGAGAAGAUGUUAAACAAGGGCAGCACCAACUGAGAGAGAAGCUCGUGGUGGCAGUUCCUGAAAGGAGGUCCCUGCUCUUACAGGACUGAAAUGAAGAUGGGAACAGCUGGGUUUCAUCAACAAAUAGAAAGGGAUUACUGUGCUUGUUGUUUUUUAAACCAGAGAUCUAUUUAUUUAUAUAUGUAUUUAUUUUCAAAGCUUGUAUUUUAACAUUUUAAUGUAUUUAAAGGUGUGAAACAUGUGAAUGUGUUUAAUCAAACAUAACUCAGUUCUGAUUGUUAUUUAAUUUGAAGAUGAGGGGUUUUAAGUGUCUCAUGAAACUAAUAUUUAUUGGGAGACUAUUAAGUGAAGGGGGGUGUAUGGGAGGGGGGAAUCUAAGCAAUUUGACAAUGAGGUAGAUCAAUAUUGGGGUCAGGGAAAGUGUGUGCACAUCUGUUUUUGUACUUGUUUAAAAGAAUGUCACUUGUUAUUUAUUGAAACUAUUUUGUUACACAGUCAACAUUUGAUGUUGAAGAUUCCUUUGGACAUUUUAUGUCUUGCUUGUAAGGCAUAAUGCCUUGUUUAAUGUUAUUAUGCAAUAUCUCUCUUUGUCUUAUUGUAAGGCAUAAUGCCUUGGUUAAUGUUAUUAUGCAAUGUCUCUCUUUGUCUUAGAACAGAGAAGUUAAAACUACUGUUACAUUUUUACAAAUGGCUUAAAAAUAAAAGUUUUACAAAAUACAA